AUGUCUUGCUCCAGCCUGUGCUAUCCAGAAUGCGGAGUGGCCCGUCCCAGUCCAGUGUCUGGCAGCUGCAAUGAGCCGUGCGUUAGGCAGUGCCCUGAUUCUGAAGUUUUCAUCAAACCACCACCGGUUGUCGUAACCUUCCCAGGACCAAUUCUCAGCAGUUUUCCUCAGCAGAGUGAAGUGGGAGCUGUUGGAGCACCUGUGGUCGGAUCUGGCUAUGGAGGCUCCUUCGGUUCGGGGGGGUGGAACGGCUAUGGAGGCCUUCUGGGUGGAUUAAGUGGUUAUGGUGGACUGGGUGGUUAUGGGGGAGGUUAUGGGGGAGGUUAUGGUUACAGGGGAUUAGGUGGUUAUGGGAGCCAUUCUGGUUAUGGGGGACUGUGUGGUUAUGGGGGAGGUUACGGUUACAGGGGAUUAGGUGGUUAUGGGAGCCAUUCUGGUUAUGGGGGACUGUGUGGUUAUGGGGGAGGUUAUGGGGGACUGUGUGGUUAUGGGGGAGGUUAUGGGGGACUGUGUGGUUAUGGGGGAGGUUACGGUUACAGGGGAUUAGGUGGUUAUGGGGGAUUAUGCAGUUAUGGGGGAUACGGCCGUAAGUAUUGAGUUGGAUACUGUGGGCCCUGUUAAUCCCACACGAAUAUCCAUGAAAUAAAGGAGAAUAGACCCGACUUGUUCUAUACUUUCCAACAAUAUGUAUCAUAAACAUCUCGCUUUGAAUUAUGCUAUGGCAGACAUGUAAUGGAGAA